AUGGCGAAUCACAUCGUGCUUCCUCCGCAGAAACUCUUGAAGGUGCCGCCCUCUGUGAGGGAGGGCAUUUCGCCGGAGGUUGAACUCGAACAGCGCGUCUACGGUUGCCACUUGAUUCAGAAGGCGGGGAUUCUCCUCAAGUUGGAAGCCGUCUCCAUUGCCAGUGCUCAGACCAUUCUUCACCGCUUCUUCUUCCGCCGCUCGCUCAAGCAGUUCGAUGUCCGGCGCGUCGCGACGGCAGCUCUCCUGCUGGCUUGCAAACUGGAAGAAGACCCACACCGCGUCAUGCACCUCAUUGGAGUUAUUCACCUUCUGUCUCAGAUGGAAGAUUGCCCUGAAAAAGCUCUGACAGAGGACAACCUCGACGACUUCCUGAUCGCCUUUGACUCGCAGGAGUACGAGCUGUUCCGGAUGGACGUUUUCCGGUGCGAGCGGUACAUUCUUCGCGAGCUCGGUUUCAUGGUGUCUCAGACGCUCGUGCAUCCACACCGCUACAUUCUGCAGUACAUCCAUGCGCUGUUCAAAGGGAACUUCGUCCCGACUUCCCAGCUGUCUCAGCGGGCCUGGGGCUACCUCAAUGACAGCAUGCGGACGACCCUCUGCUGCGAAGUGCAGCCAGCCGUGAUUGCGGUCGGGAGCAUCUUCUUGGCGGCGUGUGACUUGGGGAUUCCUUUGCCGAAGGAGACGGGCUGGCAUGAGCUCUUCGACGUCUCCUGGGAAGACGUAGCCAAGGUCUGCGACGCUAUUCUCUCGCUCUACACGCGGCCGCUGCCUUCGUACGUGAAGCUCGCGGAGCCUCUCAAACCGUCGAAGCCGAGUCUGGUGGCGCAUUCGGCCUCGAAGGUGCCGCCACCGGAAGCUUCUUCGAGCGCCUCCGGGGUCGCUGCAGCGACCAGACAACAGCUCCAGCAGCAGCAGAUUCUGAGCAAUGUGGCUGGGGGGGUCAGCAGUUCUGAAGGAAAGGCGGAGGACGGAAAGGAAACCGACACAGGGCGCUCGAAGAACGAAGACGACCCAGGGAGGAGUGGCGCUGAAACGCGCCACGCAAACGCCGGCAGAGACGGCGAACCGGUGAAAAAAUGGCUGAUUUACGAAGGACCAGAAAGGUCGGAAGCGCGCGAACGGGCAAGCGACAGAGGAACAGAAACGGGGAAGAGCGGAGGUGGAGACCACGUGCGUCCCUCCGAAGCGCGCCGUGGCGACAACGAGACGAGUCGCACCGAGCAUUCUUCAGGCACCAAAAGCUAUGGCUUUUCGUCUGCCCCCCGAAACGCGGGUUUCUCCGGGGGCGAGCGGCAAGCUGCCUCCGGAAGCGGUGUCUCCACAGAAGAUAGCGGCCGGGUGAAAGGAGCGGAACAUAGAGAAGAUGAUUCAUCGUCGAGGAGAGGCGACAGAAGAGGGCCUGAUGCCUCUCAUUCAAGUGCACGCCGGUCGUCUCGAGAACGAAGCCACCAACGCCGAACUGACGGAGGCUCGCGACACAGGGAGAGGCCACAUGGCAGUCGACGAGGAGAGAGUGGCGGGCGAGAUCGGUGGAGUGAAAGGGAGCGCGGUGACCGCGAUGACGACCGCCGCUCGCACACGGAGUCUCACUCUGGCUCAAGCUCUGCACACCCUCGCGAGUCUGACCACCGCGAUCACGGGUCUUCUUCGCGUCGCCGCGAGGGAGAGUCGGGUGGCGCCUCCGGGUCAAGUUCAAAUUACCAAAAGAAGCGGCGCUCACGGUCGUGGUCAAGAGAGAGAACGCCUCGCCACGCGUACAAGCGGCCGAAUCCGCCAGCCCAGAGCGCGCCUGGGUCCAGCGGGAGCCGAGGUGGUACGCAUCGUCCGGACCGCGAUGGGGAUGGGCGCGGGAACCAUCGCGAUCGGGACGGAGGGAGGGGCUCUGGUCGCUCGUACGCGUAAGCAGGCUGACUUCCCAUAUCUUCUGUUCGUGGCACUCGUUUCUGACU